UUCGGCUUGUUUGACAGAAGAGUAUGUCAGGCCAAGUAAACAAACGUCGUUGGAAUAUGUCACCGUAGUUUGAUACAUGGAUAUGUUAAGAAGUUUGAGGUCAUACAUCACACAGUACGACAUAAAUUCUAUGUUUGUUGACCAGCAGAAAUUAAAUGCUAUUAUGAUUUGAAGACCACUUGCCGAAAUGAUCAACGUCUACGUAGAUUUUGUUGGUGAACCUCAUGCCGUAUAGUAAUAUUGUAUUCACACUAUUAAGAGUACCAUUCAACACAGAAAACAGUUAACGCUACCAAUGUCUUAAUCAAAUCUAUAUAGUUUGACAAUAAUUCGAUCCCCGUAGCUGGUAAAAUACAACGGUGCAGAAUGCAAGUGAAUGGUAGGAGUGAUUACAACUGGAAUUUGGCGAGGGAAGGAAUUCAGUUGCUUCUAAAUAAUCGAAUUACAGAAGCUGAACAGUUGUUUGGUGAAAGGAAAGACAAUGUGCAGAUGGCAGCGGGCUAUUGUUUCGUUACUUUCAUGAAUGCACUGAUGACAUUUGAAGAGGAAAAACUGCAAGAGUCCUUACAAACUUUGCGUGAUAUGGAGAAACGCUGUGCUCAGGACAUUGGGUGGCUGAAGACUGUAAAGAAUAAAGUUUUUGGCAGUGAUACAGGAAUGGAAAAUACAGCUGACAAGCUGGAAGAACAAAUUAUUCUCGCAGACUCUCAAGUGUGUGUGGCUUUACUGACAUUCUUACAGCAAGAUAUUACAGGUUAUGUGAAAGGAGGCUGGGUAUUGCGCAAAGCCUGGAAGGUAUAUCAGCAUACAUACAGUCAAAUUUUGCAACUGUAUCGAAGAACAUUUGGUAAUGAUGAUGUACCAGGUUCGCAGUUUCCUUCGUGGAAAGUUAUUACACGUGGAUGCAGCAAUCCAAACUUGCAAAGUCCCGGGUCAGAAUGGUCCGUGCCAUCAUACAGCAGCUCCUCCUGUUCACCAAAUGGUCGCAAUGGCUUUAGAAAUUCAUUUCUUGCUCUUUCUUCAGUUGCAUCACAUGCUAAUUGUAAACCUACAAAUAUUGUUCCUCCAGAUGUAGUAUCUCGUUUGAUGUCUGCAGUAAGCUUUGGCUAUGGAAUAUUUCAGUUAUGUAUUUCAUUGCUCCCUCCUUCAUUGUUGAAGCUGAUACAUUUUUUGGGAUUUGAAGGUGAUCGUCAAGUGGGCAUCUCUGCACUUAUGUUUGCUAGACAAGGCCAUGACAUGAGGGCUCCACUUGCAUCACUUGCUCUUCUCUGGUAUCACACAAUAGUCCGUCCAUUUUUCGCACUUGAUGGCUCAAAUGUACAAGCUGGUGUAGAAGCUGCUCAGUGUUUAAUCAUGGAGUCACAGGAUGACUACGGAGAAUCUGCAUUAUUUCUUUUUUUCAAAGGGAGAGUAGAGAGGCUAAAGUCAAAUAUUGAUGGAGCUCUUGAAGCCUAUCAAGCUGCAGUUACGAGAUCACCCCAGCGAGAAAUACAGCUUCUCUGCCUGCAUGAAGUGGGCUGGUGUCACCUGAUACAGCUGGACUGGAAUAAUGCCCAUCGCUGCUUCAUGCAAUUGAAAACACGGUCUCGCUGGUCUAAAAGCUUCUACACAUACCUUGCAGCAGUCUGUGCAGGUGCAGCAGGGCGUUUGGAAGAGGCUGCUCAGUUGACAGCAGAAGCUCCUUUGCUGGCUUCCUCUGGAAACCACCGUUCAAGCUCCCAACUUGAGAUUUUCAUCAUACGACGGACGCAUCAUUUUAGUACAACUACGCCAGUAUUUGAUACUGCCUACUGCUGCCUGCUGGCAUUUGAGCUGCUCUUCUUGUGGAAUGCUUUGCCAUCUUGUGAUCAAACCCACAUUCAUCAGCUACUGGAAGACUGCCAGUCAACUACAGGCCUGGAACCAAUGACUGGUUUACGGCAUCUGGUGAUGGGUGCAGCACAGUGUUGUUUGGGACACACUGAGGAGGCUAUAGCCAACUUCCGAACUUGCUUGGCCAGACGUAAGAAUGUUGAUGUUGACAAUCUGGUGGGAGAUCAUCACAUUUCUGCCUUUGCUCUCUAUGAGCUGGGAGUGCUGCUGUGCAGGAAUCCUGAGUCAUUAGAGGAAGGCAAACUGUUGUUACAUCGAGCACAGACACAGUACAAGUCGUAUGAUUUUGAGAACAGACUGAAUGUUCGGAUUCAUGCAGCUCUCAGAAGCCUCGAAUAAUAAAGUUUUGAUUGUAUUGUAAAGAAUGAAUACGAGCACUGAAUCUGUCCAAGUAUUAGUCAUUGUAAUUUACCAUACUGAUUCACUCUCAAUGUGCUUCCGGUUUUUAUUUUGUGUUUUUUUCCACUAAAUUGUGCACAUGGGAACUAAAUCACACUUACACAUUACCAAUCUUAAAGGAAACCUGUGUACUCAGUAGUUUCAUGUUAUCAAUAUGUCAUGAAUUUUAGUAAUCUUAAAUUUCAGUGUGAAUGGUAAACUGUCUCAUGUUAAACUGAACUCCGUGUUUGUAUUUAGUAAAACUUUACAUGAAAAUGUGUUGGUCGCCUUUACAUAAACAGUCUCAUGACUAUUGACAAAUGAACUACAUAUGUUGUGGGUGCAUGAUAUCAAAACUGCUACUGUUUAUAUAUUAUGGGCCUAAAUGUGAUUUUACAUCAGAAAAUUUUGACAUAUUUUCCUUUGGAGGUAUUUAUAUUAUCCAACUUUGUAAUUCUUUUGCAUUGUAUUGUCAAAUAUUCACAUUUCAUGCCAACUAUAACUUACUACAAUGUUGACAUGUAAUUAAAAAUUGUGCAGAAUUCCAGACUUUGUGACAUUUUAACUGAGGGAAGACUUGUUUUAUUUAUUUUUUACAUAACUGUACUCUGUACUGUUGAAUGCAUUGUCACUUGAUAUGCGUUGUUUAUAAUAUUUAUCAGACAGUUUUACAGUGUUCUACGUAAUUUGGUCCCUGUUAUUGAAAUUAAAUGUUACAUCAACUAUUUAUAUCUUUUCAACAGUAUUAGUUUUUUAUUUAUUUAUAUUAGUAAGAUGAUUGAUAAUCUCUAUAUUACAUGUGACUUGUUAUCCUCAUUUACUAUUUAUAAUACUGGUUAUACAGUAACGUUUCUCUGUGCAAGAAGCAGAGUAUAUAUACUACUUUAUUCUGAAACAUUUUCAGCAGCAAAGUACAUAGCGCAAGCUCCACAUGUCUUCUGUUUUCCGUCACUACAUACAAUUAUUAGUACAGUACAUGAAAUGCAUUUGCACUUUUCCACCAUUAAAAUAGUUCCAGCAACAGUAAUGGGCACAUGUAGUGCAUAAGCAACACACUUUGCCACUGAAAAUGUCCCUUAAUAAAAUGAGGUACAUGCUUGUACAAGAAUAUAAAUUGUUGUUCCUUGUUCAGUACCAUGUAGACAUACCUGCAUAUUACCGGUGUGUUGUCAAUAAUAUUAACAUCACAAAUCUGUUACUGUUUACAACUGUGGUUGUUAUUAUAUACAAUUGUGAUAUGGUCUUUACCAAAACCAUUGUUAUUUAACAUCUUUUUCUACAAUUGACGUGUUUUUUGUAUGAUAAAAAAUGUAGGCAUCCAUUUUUUUGCACAUUUUAUGUAAUAGUCUAAUCUCUAGUCAUAUCACGGUUUCUGAGAAGAAGUACGUGUCAUUCCUGUCAUAUAUUUGUGCGUGUUAUUUAUUAUUUUUGCUAUCCUAAUUUUUAUGAUUUUACUUUAUGAAACAAAAAAAGUGAAAUGACAUUUCCUUAACUUGAUGUUCCCAUUCA